CCCUUCUUUGUCCCCUUUCUCUAUUCUCUCAGAGCUUUGUUUGUCCAGAUGAUCGGCGCCUUCCUCGGAUCGCCUCCUCCACCUCCACUCUCGUGUAGUUUAUGCGACGCGCGAUGCCACAGAUGGGGGAGAUGACGAUGGCGAGGUCGGAUCGAGCGGCGCAGCACAGCGCCGAGCAGAAAUCUUCAUCGAUCAAGAAUCAUGCGGCGGCAGCGGCGGCGGCAGGGGCGCUAUCACCGCCGAUGAUGAGCAAGGCGCAGGUUGUGUAUUACCUCUGUCGCGGCGGCAAGAUCGAGCCGCCACACAUGAUCGAGGUGCCGCAUUCGCACGACGGCCUUCGCCUUCGAGAUGUGAAGCACCGGUUGACGAUAUUGCGCGGCGGCGGCAUGCCAAACAUGUUCUCCUGGUCGUGUAAGAGAAUGUACAAGAGCACUUACAUAUGGCAGGAUGUUUGCGACGAUGACUCCUUGACUCCAGCAUCGGGAGGAGAAUACGUCCUCAAGGGAUCCGAAUAUUUCAUGGAAAGCAACAACAACCAAGAAAAACCACUGAAAUUCGGAACCGGCCAGGAAGUUCUCCAGAGAAAAUUCCGAGGGGCCGAGACAUGGCUCAAGGCCUCGUCGGGUUCAUUGAGCCCAAAGGAGUAUGCUGCCGCUGGAAGCAUCCCAGAGAAAAUGCCGGAGAAUUGCAGCAGCGUGAGCGUCCAAGCAGUGACCAGCCAGCUGGGGAGUCUCGGUUUGGAUCAUCAUAAUGGGAAACGCCACGCCCCCGAGGCAUCCUCCGGCUCGGACGAGUGUAGCAGCACAAAAAGAGCAAAUGGCGGUGGUGGUUUCUCACACGAAGACUCCGGAAUGCACGACAUCAAGGUGUGUGAGGUCUCAAGGCCGCAUACCGGGGCACCGUCCAUCGACCAUGCUUGCACCGUCGCCACACAGACGGAGGAGAAUGGCUACGUUUACUGCCCACCCGACUAUAAGUCGUCGGGGAGCUCCACUCCGACGUGCUUUGGGAACGAGAGACGGCAUCCCGAGCAACUCGUUCCCAGCGUUGCUCCGGUUGGCAAAGGUCCCUCCAAGCACGAGGGUGGGAAAUUGAAGAGACGGUUUGGAAGGCAGCAGGCCGAGGGGAAAGGGGCCAGUCCCAAAGUCAAGAUGAAGCACAGCGCGGCGUCUUGCGUGUUCCUCCACAUCCUCUCCUACUGCGGAGGGGUGGACACCAAGAUGCAGAGCAGGGCUCCCACGGAGAUCACGUCCUCCGAGUACUCAUUUGACGGUGGUAUAUGCAGGGCCGAGAACAAGAUGGUGAUGACGAGCCAGAACAGGUCCCCGCAGCAGUACUCGAUGGAGCUCCAUGGGGGUCAUCACCACCACCAUCAUCAGCUCCCAUACCAAGGGAUGGACAACAACAGGAGCGGUCCUUUGAUCCCUUACAGCUCGGAGUACUUUGACGUCAAGGAAACAGUGAGCCCGCUCCAAUCAUCGCCGCUCCAGGCGAAGUCAUCGAAAGCCGCCAGCAGCAACUCGGAUGAAGACGUGGUGGUGCUCCAAGAGGAAGCAACAGAUGAAGAGUGUGGUGGCGAAGGCGAUCCCAAGGCGGAUGUGGAGAAGGAGCCUUGUGCUCGUCGUCGUCGUCCUCGUGCUGCUGCUGGAAGUGCUGCUGGUGGCAACCUUUUGCGAAGUGGUGGUGGUGGUGCUCCGCCAGAGGUUGAGAAGGAAUGGCUGUGGUCAAGAUGUAGCAGUGCUGGGUACGACCGAGGUGCACCACAAGUGACAGCAGCAGCAGCAGCAAAUCUACGUCCUUGGAACAGGAACCUAAGGCUUUCCAAGAGGAGAUUCUUCCGACACUGGUGGCAAGCGAUGUUUGAGAGUGUUCAGGCCAAGGCUGUGCUGACCAGAACACGGACAUGGCCACGGGACAAGCAACGAAAGCAGCAGCAGCAGCAGCAGCAGCGGCGGCAGAUAAGUGGUACUAGUAAACAUUUCUGGGCUGGGAAAUGGAGAAGAUCACGGACUCGCGCUCUUGGCUGCUAGCUUUCGCCCGGCAGGCCCGCGGUUGAUCUCUGACAGUACCACGUACUUCUUUGUUUAUCAUGUUAUAUAAGACUCAUGGUUGUGUUGUGUGCACUAUCACGAACUCCAUCGUA